GUUCCGUUAGCUUUUCUCCUGUGUGACAGAGCAGGAAGACGGUCGUAUUGUUGUCGUCUCUCAGCUGGAUCUUUGAGCUGUUUGAGCAACCAUGUCUUCAGUUCGGAGUCUGAGAGAGUUUAUCAACGAGCGACUAACUGCUGCUGCUGAAGAAAUCUUCUCAGAGUUUGAAAAAACGAUCGUCCAGUACGAGGAAGUGAUCGACCGUCAGCGCAGACUGCUGGAUAUCACCUGGAAACCCGAAAUAAAGCUGCACACAGCAGGCCUCCAGCAGCAGCAUGUCUAUAAGGAGGAGGAAUUUCUCAUUAACCAGCAGCUCUGUAAUGAGGAGAACCGCGGAGAACCAGAGCCUCUCCAGAUCAAGCAUGAACAGGAGGAUUUCUACAGCAGUCAGGAGGGACAGCAGCUUGCACUGAAGGAGGACAUUGAUACCUUUAUGGUGACUGCUGCUUAUGAGGAAAGAGCCCACGGUGAACCAGGACCAGACAGGGAGCAGCUCCUCUCUCACAGCUUCCUGAUAGCUGAGGGUCAAGAUCAGGGAGGAAGCAACUAUGUAGAUUUAGGAUCAGCACAUAGUGCAAACAGAAGUCACAGUACCGAUGCAGAAGACUCUCCCACAUCAGAGGGUCAGUGUAACACUGACAUAGGUAAAAAGUCGGUAACAUGCAAUGUUUGUGGAAAAUUGUUUAAGAAUAAAUACAAAAUACAUGAACAUCACAGAAUCCACACAGGCGAGAAGCCCUAUCUUUGUGAAACGUGUGGGAAAAGUUUUACUCAAGGCGGUAGUCUGUUGGUUCACAUGAGGACCCACUCGGGUGAGAAACCGUAUACCUGUAACACCUGUGGUGAAAGAUUUUGUUACUUAUUAGCACUUAAAAAGCACAAGGCGGUGCACACGGGUGAAAAUCCAUUUUCUUGCACAACGUGCGGGAAAACGUUCACUCAAAGGGGCAGUUUGUUGGUCCACAUGAGAAUCCACUCAGGAGAGAAGCCGUAUUCUUGCAAAACAUGUGGGAAAAGUUUCACUAAAAAAUGUACUUUAUUGGUGCAUGUGAGAAUUCACACCGGUGAGAAGCCAUACACUUGCAAAGUAUGUGGGAAAAGUUUUACCCAAAGAGGUGGUUUGGUAGUCCACAUGAAAACUCACGCAGGGAAAAACAAAGACGCAACUUUAGACGACUCAGUGUCGCCUCCCUCUGUGCCACACUGUGGCGCUCUCAUGAUGACGAGCACAGUAGUAGAGAGCUGUGUCUGCCAGGCUGUGGCAGUAACAAUGCCUUCAGUUCAGUCUCUGAGAGAGUUUAUCAACGAGCGACUAACUGCUGCUGCUGAACAAAUAUUCUUGGAGUUUGAAAAAACGAUCGUCCAGUACGAGGAAGAGAUCGACCGUCAGCGCAGACUGCUGGAUAUCACCUGGAAACCCCAAAUCAAGCUGCACACAGCAGACCUCCAACAGCAACACAUUUUUAAGGAAGAGGAGGAUCUCACUAAUCAGGCACUCCAGCCCAGUGUGGACCAGGAGGAACCAGAACCUCCACAGAUUAAAGAGGAAAAGGAGGAACUGUGCAGCAGUCAGGAUGGAGAGCAGCUGGGACUGAAGAAGGAGACUAAUACAUUUAUGGUGACUGCUGCUGAGGAAGGAGACCACAGUGAACCAGACAGAGAGAGGCCACUCCCUCACAGCUGUCCUGAAACUUACACCCAGGAUCAGGAAGGAAGCAAGAAAGUAGAUCCAGGAUCAACUGGAAGUACGAACAGAAGAGCCAAUAACAAUGCCGAAGACUGUCCCAUGUCAGGGAGUCAAUGUAAAACUGAAACAGGUAAAAAGUCUUUAAAAUGUGAUGUUUGUGGAAAAAGCUUUAAGAAAAGGUCCCAAAAAAAAGAGCAUCACAGAAUCCACACUGGUGAGAAGCCGCAUUCUUGUAAAAUAUGUCAGAGAAGUUUUGCUCAUAGGAGCAAUUUGUUGCGCCACAUGAGAAUCCACACGAAAGAGAAGUUACAUUCUUGCCAGACAUGUGGAAAAACCUUCAGUCAGAACAGUCAUCUGCUGGUCCACAUGAGAAUCCACACAGGUGAGAAGCCGUAUCCUUGUCAAACCUGUGGGAAAAAGUUCACAUGUAGUACGCAUUUGUCAGUGCACUUAAGAACGCACACAGGUGAGAAACCCUUUCAUUGUAAAAGAUGUGGGAAAAUGUUCACACGUAAUAGUAUUUUGUUGCGCCACAUGAAAACUCACACAGAUGAGAUGCCAUAGUCUUGAAAUUUUUCUAGAGAAGACAUUACGUGCGACUCCAAACUAAGAAAAAAAGGGAUUCAUGGUUUGUGUUAUUGUUAUUCAAGGUUUAUUAGAGUGCACUCCAACUGUGAUCAUGUGAGUUUUGUUCCAUCUGUGUCACACUUCACUGCCAUCAUGAGGAUAAAAAAAAAACUCCAAAUGAAAAACAUAAUGAAUAUUAAAAUUUUCUCAUUGCCAACUGGAGACAAUUCAUAUUUGUUAUGAACAUUUUUUUCCAACCCUCAUAUGUAACAAAAGCAGAAUAAAGAUGUCCAGCAUGUUGUUGUAAAAGACUCCGUAUAAAAAAAAAGAAAGAAGAAAGAAAGAAAGAAAAUGUCUUUUUAAUGAUGAAUGAUGUCAGCGUUUUCUUUUUUUUUUUUUUUUCAAGCUGAUGAGUUAAAGGCUUUUUCUCAGAGCAUCAUUAGUGUUAGUAAUCGAUACAGUGAUCAGUGCCUGUUGUUUUUGUGAUGUCAUGUAUUCAUUCUAACCAUUAAGUCUUUGUAAAGUUCUAAUAUAGAAAUGACAGAUUGACACUGAUGAAGGCUGCAGAGAGCUGUGACUGAUCAUAAGUGAAAGCAGUCACAGAGGAGAGUUCAGUUCAAAAAUGUAAAUAAUGGUAAAUGGCCUGUAUUUAUAUAGCGCUUUACUAGUCCCUAAGGACCCCAAAGCGCUUUACAUAUCCAGUCAUUCACCCAUUCACACACACAUUCACACACUGGUGAUGGCAAGCUACGUUGUAGCCACAGCCACCCUGGGGCGCACUGACAGAGGCGAGGCUGCCGGACACUGGCGCCACCGGGCCCUCUGACCACCACCAGUAGGCAAGGGGUGAAGUGUCUUACCCAGGGACACAACGACCGAGACUGUCCGAGCCGGGGCUCGAACCGGUAACCUUCCGAUUACAAGGCGAACUCCCAACUCUUGAACCACGAUCAAGAGUUGGGCAUAAAGAUAUGCUUUAAUCUCCCAGCUGACCUGCUGCAGGUUAAAGUUUGAUAUGAUGGUACUCUGAUCAAUGUAAACAUGUCAUACUGAACCUACAUCUUUACAAUAGUGCAUAUAGCACAUUUACAGUAGCACUCUAAAGUACAUCAUGAUUGUCCUCCGCUGACUCAGAUUAAUGUUUCAAUUCAAAACAUGAAACACUUAAUUUGAAAGUAUCUAAAUUAUUGUGUUGCUUUUAUGCUUUACUAUAGUUCAACUUCUUGAAAUGUUUUAUUUAUAUGUACAAAUUUAAAUGUACAAUAUAAAUAAAGAUUAAAUGUGCUGCCAGCUGCAGGCUGAGCCCACGGUUGGUUUGUGGUUGAUGUGGAUUUGCUGCUCAUGUGAAUCCUCCCACAGUGUUUCAUUAGCAGCUGUAACCACAGUGACUCUGAGAAAACAGGAAUUAGCAGAAUCCAUCUGAUAUGAAGCUGUGCUUUGAAUACCACUUCCCUCCUCUUUGAAGAGUAGUCAGAUAUCUGUGUUCAGGUUUUUGUACAGCCUCUUCUACACUUUGUAUCACUGUGUUUCUAGAGCACAAUAGUAGAGAGCUGUGUCUGCCAGGGUUAGGGCUGUUAUGGUCAGAUUAGUUGAUCGAUCUGAUGUUUGGGUUUUGUAACGUUUAUCAGGAAUAUAUUCACCCGAGUAUCCUUUGGCUCCUUUCUUGAGUAUAAACUGAGGAGCCUGAAGGUCAGAAUGAUGUCUGUACCAGUGAAGCUCGAUAUAGCUAUCACUUGUCUGAUAGUUACAUGUGAGUGUGACAGAUUCUCCUUCUGUUUUAGUGACUUCAGUUUGUUGAGGAGUGAUUGAGUCUCCAGCUGUUAGUCCUGGAAAAAGAAAGAAGAAAAGUAGUGAAAUGCAGUCUGUAUAUCUGCUUAAUGCAGCAGCUUCAACUAAACUUUAAUCCCUGUUCUUAAACUCACCUAUAAUGUGAGAUAGAAGCAAAAAGAGGUGCAGCAACAUGUCUUUGGAGUUAUUAAAGCCAGACAGACAGCACAUGAACAAUGUUCUUCCACUGCAGCACAAUGACCAACAAAUAAUGUCAUUGGAUGAGCUCAACUUCAGUGGG